AUGAGUAGUGCAUCGUGCAGUUCACAUGGCAGCCGCCGCCGCAGCACCAGCAGCACACGCCACCACCGUCGACUUGAGGAUACCCGGUCGCCAUCGCUGGAAGGCUCACGUGCCACGAUUGCAGCAACGGUGAGUCACACCAGCGCCAGCGCACCGGAUCGCGCUGCAUGCUACGGCGACAUCUUCGUGGUGGAUGUGGCGAGUGGUGACCACUUUCAUAUCACGGUUGCCUUACGAGGUCCCUUCCAUCCCUUGACGUCCGUGACGCACGGUGCACUGCAGCGCACCGUGCGCAACCUGCUCCUGGCCUCACCCAACACCCACACGGGGGACUCGACAGUGCAGUCGCACCCGCUUCUGCUGCUCCUGCUUGAUGGCGUGCCACUCGAUGACAGCGAUGCCGUGACGCUGCCAAAUGGCGCGGUCGUGGAGGUGCACCGCGGCUCUGCCGACUCGCCGCCUCGGUCUGUGGCGCUGCCAUCAGAGCAGGGGAUGCCACUGCCGUCAACCUCCGCGGUUAGCGCGGCGAGCGCACGCCUGUCUGCGCUGGAGGCAGUGAAUAGCGACCCUACCGAAGAAGAGAAACUCUGGAGAACGCAAGCCACCCCGACAGCGACGACAGUGCCGUCUCCGCGCGGCGCGGGAGGUGCGCCUUCCAACGUCGGUUUACGGAGCGACGUCGACAACGUGGCUGGGACCCGUGACAGCGCCUCGUCGUACGCGCUCGUGCGCACCAGUGGAACGGCAACGACCAGCAAGUCGAGGCCGCGGUGUGCGGUCACGCUGUUGUCCGCGUUUCACGCGAGCGCGCAUGAGGACAAGCUCGUGUCGAGGCAGCGGAUACCAUCGUCGUGGCUGCCAAGCAGGCAUGGCGGCGUUGGUGUGUCUGCACGGCUAUCAGAGGAGGAGACCACAUCGGCCAGCAGGCAGGUGUCGAGCCUGCACACCGUCAAGGACACACAGCGGCCUUGGCACCGGAGGACCACCACAUACAGCCCCAUCAGCGGACAUCCACACGUACAUGAGGGCGACGCAGCUGUGAGAGGAGAGACUGCUUCUGCUGCUGGUGCACGCACGCCGUCCUCUGCAUCAUCAAUGUUGACGCCGCACCUCUCCGCUGCCUUUACGUCGCCUGCCUUUAGUCAAGACUCAUUAGCAGCCACCGAGGAGCCCCUUACACACAGGCGGCACGCACCGCCCAGCUUGCCCCGCGCCUCCGCCGCCGACGACAGGUCCUCGUCUACCUCACUAUGUCCCCGUCGUGCAGCGCCCUCGGCUGAACCGCGACCGACGUCGUCCGCGUCGGAUUUGGUGCCAGUCGCACUGCAGAAUACCGCCGCGUCUGAUCGAGGCUCACAGGCUGUGCCGGCGUCGGUCCUGCCUGCGCCACCCACCGACCACCCGCAACUGCAGACGUCAGCGCCGCUACCGUCAUCACCCCCGCUGCAGCUGACCGCGCAGGAAAUCUACGACACUCAGCGGAGCUCCAUCGCCGCCGCGGCUGCCGCCGAGCAGAGACGCCUCCUCACACGUCUGCAGCAGCGGUGUCGGGUGCUCGAGGAGGAGAAAAAGGCGCUGCUGACGGCGCGCCUUGGUGCGCUGAGGGCGCAGGAGUCCGCAGGCCUUCUGCGUGCGCUGCGAGAGGCCCAGGAGGAGACCGCCGCUGUGGAGGUGGAUGCUGUGCGUGCUCGCCUCGGCGAGCAUCGCGAAGACUUGCUUAGCCACUGGCUGCGCGUGCUGCAGUUCCACAAGGACACGCACUACGCCAUGCCGAGCGCGCUGUUGCGUGAGCUGGAGGAUGAGGGCGAGGCGCUCACCCUUCACUGCCUAUCCUCCAUCGCCGGCUAUCACACCCAGAAGGCCCGCCUGCAAGCGCUGCAGCGGCAACGCGUGUUGAAGGAGGCGGAGGUGGCUCGCCUGCGGUGGGAGGCCCAAGUGCGCCAGUGCACGGCGGAGGAGCAGCGCGGUUGUCUGCGGGUGGUGGCGCGGCUGAGGCCGCCAAACGAGCGCUCCUGGCUCCCUGCGUCGGUGCUCGCGUCCGCUGAGGCGGGAGAGCUCGACGGCGGCUACGGCGUCCGCGUGUUGGAGGGCUCGCCGGAUCCUGCCCGCGGCACCCAACAAGUGAUUGCGCCUGUCCCGUGUGUGGUAGAGGUAACCGACCCGCCGCGCGAUCUGCGUCGCCGUUACGCGCUCUGGGCGGCCUACAACGCCGCCAACGCAGGGUCGCAGCAGCGCCUCUUCGAGGAUCAGCUGCAGCCGCUGCUCGAGCACAUGUGCCGCACUGGGCAGAACGUCGCCGUCCUGGCAUUCGGCGCUGUCGGCAGCGGCAAAACAUUUGCGCUGUUCGGCUCCCGCGCCGCGCAGCUGCCACCGCAGUCCGUGAGGACAGCGAGCAAGGGUGUGCUGCCGCCGCAACCCCACGGAGUCGGCGGAGAGUCCGCCAGCGCUGGGGUGCUCAGUGACUUUGACCUCAGCAGCAGCCGAAGCCACAGCGAAGGCGACGACGUCGGCCGCAUGCCGAACGGCGUCACUACCGUGGGGGCGCCGGGGCGCCGGGGUAUUACCCGCUGCCUUGACCCCGCCGACGCGGCGAGGGAGGCUCAGGUGCUCGAGUUCUUGGCCGAGACUGAGGCUGCGAAGCGGCGGCAGCGCAGUGCGGAGCGGCACGCACGAGAGGAAUGCGGCUGGCGGGAGCGGGCCGGGAUCGAGGAGGGUGAUGGGCUGCUGCCGCGCGCGGUGGCGUGGCUGACGGCGCACCUGCGCAGCGAGUCGCCGCACGGCAAGGCCAGCGGGCCAGUGGUGAAGUCCAUCGUCUUCUCCAUGUACGAGGUGUACAAUGAUCACGUGUACGACUUGCUGCCAACCCCUCCUCCGAGUGCUGCAGGCACCACUGAACCCGGCAGCAAGGCCUCGUGGGCGGCGUGGCCUCGAUGGAACGCCGGGUGGCUGCCCGCCCCGCACAUCAAGAACAGCAACCCGGGGAACCUGACGGAGCUGCAGCUGGAGUUGUUGCCGCCAUCCACAGACAGACGUGGCGCUGUCAGAGACGGGUCAGCCACUGUCUCGCACUUGCCGGCGCAGCAGCCAGAGCAGCCCCAGUGGCGCGUCAAGGCGAGCGAGAUGGAGGUGCGCUCAGCAACGGAGGCGCUGCAGGCGAUCCACCUCGGUCUCCACCGCCGCCGCUCCGCCGCCACGCUUCGGGGGGCGCAGUCGAGCCGCAGCCAUCUCUUCCUGCGCUUCCGAGUCAAGGUGCAGCGGCCCGUCAUGCCGGCGAAGUCGUCGAGCGUUGCGAUGCAGUGGGCGUCAGCCACUUCUGUGGCAUCCGCGUUGGAGGUACCGGGCAUCGGCGCUCUGAUCGGCAAUGCCGCAGCGUCUGCGGACGCCACGGGUGCUGCAGGCAAGCCGAAGGGCUACGACUUCCUGCGCGCCGCACUCGCGAUGCCUUCUGAAGGAGCAACCAGCGCCCAGCCGGCAGCGCCAGCGUCAUCGCUGACCUGUGUCGCGGAGCUGCUCUUCACUGACUUUGCCGGCAGCGAGCGCAUCGAGCUCAGCGGUGUCACAGGCGACGCGCUGAAGGAGGCGCAGUACAUCCACUCGAGCCUGAGCGCCGUGUCGGAGGUGCUGACGGCGUUGGCGCGGGCACAUCCCCGCCGUGAUCGCCAGGGCGAGGCAGAAGCGGCGGCGAGGCAGCCGAGGAAGCAGCGCGGCGGUGGCGGGACGCCACCACUAGCGGCUGCCGCGUUGGUACAGCGCUGGGGAGCGAUGGUGAACUGCCCAGGCGUCACGCUGUCGCGCAGCCCGCCGGUCUUCCUCCAGCCACGCUUCACGAAACUCAGCGGUGACCGCGACACCCGGCAGCGCAGCGGGCACGAGGACGGCCUUGCACUGCGCAGGCGCGAGCUGGCGCUCAUGGACAAGCACGUAGCUGAGGAGGAAGGUGCGCAGUGGUGGCGGUGUUGGCGUGCCGCGCCGCCGCACGUGCCGUUCCGCACGUGCAAGACGACGCAGCUGCUGCAGUCUGCGCUGGGCGCGCCGUGCAAGUCGCUGGUGCUGGCGUGCGUGCAGCCGUGCAGCGUGUCGGAGGUGGUGCUGCCGGCGAGCCUGCACGACCGCAAAGGCCCACGCACGCGUGCGGCGGCGCAGUCGGUGUUCGCUCACCAGGCGCCGGUGAUGCUCUCCGAGGUGCACGCCACGCUAACCUUUGCUGAACGCAUCCACGACGCAUCGCAGGACGGCGGCAAGGCCAAGCGAGCGUAG